AUGCCCCCCCGCAUCCCCUCAGAGGCAGACUUCUCCCCCCUCACCCCCCUCCUCCCCCACGCCCUCCACUUCCCCUCCCCCCGCGAGUCCACCACCUCCAUCCUCAUCCUCCUCCACGGCCUCGGCGACAACGAGCGCCCCUUUGCGACCUUUGCGCGCAGCAUGGCCCUCCCCGGCGUCCUCGCCAUCUCCGUCCGCGGCACCGCGCCCCUUCCCGCAGGCCUAGGUGGUGAGGGCGAGGGUCAAGGGCAGCAUUUCCACUGGGGCGAUGACUUGAACGUCGAUUCCAACACGGGCGACCUGGAUCCCGACCCAGGCUUCGACAAGGCCGCGCGCCUCGUCAUGCAGAAGCUCGUCAAGGAGGUCCUGCUGGAUCAGUGCGGGUGGGAGAUGAACGACAUUCUACUCUUUGGCUUCGGACAGGGCGGAUCGCUUGCCUUGGGCCUUGCGUCUCGCCUCCGCACCAUUGAGCGCGUCGUCGACGUUUCCGACGACUGCAGCGCGAGUACUACUACUACUACUGCUACUACUCGGGAGGAGAAGGAGAAACUGGGCAAAACGUUCAAGGGCGUCGUGUCCAUCGGCGGACCGCUCCCGCAGUCCAUGGUGCCGUCGCUGAGCAGCCGCGACAAGAGCCGGACCCCCGUGCUGGUGUGCCAGCUGGACGACGACGAGGCGGAUGCCGUGAGGCGGGAGUUUGCCGACGUGAGGGUCGUCCGGUGGAGGAGGAGGGAGGUGGCCAUGCCGAGGGACAGGGAGGAGAUGUUUCCCAUUAUGAAGUUUAUCGCGGACCAGCUGAACAAGGGCUUUACAUAG